UUAAGGCACAGUUGAGCGCUGGCGGCUGGAAUAGCAACAGUGCCACCUAAGCAAAAGGAUCUAAGGAGGACCACCAGUGGAUAAGUGAGAGACCGAGAGAGAGACAGCGAGAGUGGAAGCAAUCAUGGCAGUGGAAACAGUGCAGGAGACGCUGCAGCAGGCUGCAGCUGGUGGCGGCGGCUCGUUGCUGGGAUUCAGCCCCAUGCUGACCACCCUAGUGGGCACCCUGGUGGCCAUGGCCCUGUACGAGUACUGGCGCCGCAACAGCCGCGAGUACCGCAUGGUGGCCAACAUACCGUCGCCGCCAGAGCUGCCCAUUCUGGGACAGGCUCACAUGGCAGCCGGGCUGAGCAAUGCCGAGAUCCUGGCCGUCGGCCUGGGCUACCUCAACAAGUACGGCGAGACGAUGAAGGCCUGGCUGGGCAACGUCCUGCUGGUCUUCCUCACCAACCCCAAGGACAUCGAGCUGAUCCUGGGCGGCCACCAGCACUUGACCAAGGCGGAGGAGUACCGCUACUUCAAGCCCUGGUUCGGAAACGGCCUGCUGAUCAGCAACGGCCACCAUUGGCGCCACCACCGCAAGAUGAUCGCCCCCACCUUCCACCAGAGCAUCCUCAAGAGCUUCGUGCCGACGUUCGUUGACCACUCCAAGAGCGUGGUGGGUCGCAUGGCCCUCGAGGCGGGCAAGUCCUUCGACGUGCACGACUACAUGUCCACGACCACCGUCGACAUCCUGCUGUCCACGGCGAUGGGCGUGAAGAAGCUGCCGGAGGGCAACAAGAGCUUUGAGUACGCCCAGGCCGUCGUCGACAUGUGCGACAUCAUCCACAAGCGUCAGGUGAAGCUCCUGUACCGCUUGGACUCCAUCUACAAAUUCACCAAGCUGCGCGAGAAGGGCGACCGGAUGAUGGACAUCAUCUUGGGCAUGACCAGCAAGGUGGUGCGGGACCGCAAGGAGAACUUCCAAGAGGAGUCGCGGGCCAUCAUUGAGGAGAUCGCUCCCAGCAGCAGCUCCCCGGUGGCCAAGAAGGAGGGCCUUCGUGACGAUCUGGACGACAUCGAUGAGAACGAUGUGGGCGCCAAGAGGCGCCUAGCCCUGCUUGACGCCAUGGUGGAGAUGGCCAAGAACCCGGACAUCGAGUGGAACGAGAAGGACAUCAUCGAUGAGGUCAACACCAUUAUGUUCGAGGGCCACGACACCACCUCGGCGGGCUCCAGCUUCGCCCUCUGCAUGAUGGGCAUCCACAAGGACAUCCAGGCCAAGGUCUUUGCCGAGCAGAAGGCCAUCUUCGGCGACAACAUGCUGCGCGACUGCACCUUCGCCGACACCAUGGAGAUGAAGUACCUGGAGCGCGUGAUCCUCGAGACUCUGAGGUUGUACCCACCAGUACCUCUGAUUGCCCGCCGCCUGGACUUUGACCUGAAGCUGGCCAGUGGUCCCUACACCGUGCCCAAGGGCACCACCUGCAUCGUGCUGCAGUACAGUGUCCACCGUCGCCCCGACAUCUAUCCCAACCCGACCAAGUUCGACCCGGACAACUUCCUGCCGGAGCGCAUGGCCAACAGGCACUACUAUGCCUUCAUUCCGUUCAGCGCCGGCCCCAGGAGCUGCGUGGGCCGCAAGUACGCCAUGCUCAAGCUGAAGGUCCUCCUGUCCACCAUAGUGAGGAAUUACAUCGUCCACUCCACCGACACGGAGGCGGACUUCAAGCUGCAGGCCGACAUCAUCCUGAAGCUGGAGAACGGCUUUAACAUCUCGCUGGAGAAGCGUCAGUAUGCCAAUGCCAGCGCCUAGGUCCGAUUCCGAUCCCUGAGUCCUGAGAGUCCUGUACAUAGAUCCGAUGACGACGAACCAGUAGCCAAGACGAACCGAACCGAUCCGAACCGAACCGAGAAAGCCAACAAGCCAGCCAGAGAGUCAACCAAUUUUCCAUAUUUUUUUUCGUUCUUUAUUACUUUUCUAUUUUCUUUCUUUUUGUUGGUCCUUAGCGGGUGGUACCCCAAUAUCCUAUAUACAUAUAUCUUAUAUCUUAUCUUCUUUUUCUCCUUGAAUUUACUCAACUGUUCUAAUACUCUCCCAAUGCCUAUGUCCUACGCCUAUAUCCUAUCCUAUUCUUUUUUCCCUAGCCUGUAGUGUGAUUUUUUUUUUCCUCUAUUCUAGUAUUUAUUAAGUCACAUGGUUUGAAUGAAACCCAAAAAAUAUAAAAAAUAUAUGAAAUAUA